AUAACACAUACAUCACACUCUGGAGCGAGCUUUUACUGUGAAAGAGAAUGAGACAGGCGACAAGGCAUUAGCACAAACCUGAAAGUGCCUCAAAAUCUUUGGGGAGGGACAGGAUAGAGGAGAAACACAUAUUACUGUUUGUAUCUUGAGUGAGGGAAGGAAAAAGAAAAAUAAAAGGUUAGAGUUGAGUAAAGAAAAAAGAUCUGCUGUGGCUCAGCACAGAGCUUCAUCAUGGCCACACUGAAGGAGAAGAGGACUUGUGGGCAGCGAUGUGAAGACUUUGGCCGUUUUGUCUGGAACUCCGACAAUGGGACGUUGAUGGGGAGAACACCAGAGAAAUGGGUGUACAUCAGUCUGUAUUAUGCAGCCUUUUACGUGGUGAUGACGGCCCUCUUUUCUCUGGCCAUCUGGACACUCAUGUACACCUUGGAUCCAUACGCCCCUGACUACCAAGACCGGCUAAAAUCUCCGGGGGUGAUGGUGUGGCCCGACACUUACGGAGAGGAAGUUGUUGAAAUCUCCUACAACACAUCAGAUAAAGCCAGCUGGAUGAAGAUGAAGAACAUCCUUGAUAAGUUCCUGGAGCCCUAUAAUGACACCAAGCAGCUUGAAUGCAACACCUAUAACUGCACUAAGGGAAAGUACUUCAUCCAGAACACCUUCUCUGCCCCUCACCACACCAAGUGGGCAUGUCCCUUCACGCAAAGCAUGCUGGGAGCCUGCUCAGGAUUUGAGGACCCAAACUUUGGCUACAACUGCACCAUGCCUUGCGUCAUUAUUAAGAUGAACAGGAUCAUUGAGUUUUUGCCUUCUAAUCACACUGACCUUCCCCCAUAUGUCAACUGCACUGUACUGGAAGGACAGGACAAUGUGGCCAAAAUCGAGUAUUUCCCUGACAGGGGAAUUAUGGAUCUCUCUUACUUCCCUUACUACGGAAAACUGGCACAGCCUACUUAUGUCAACCCAUUGGUGGCUGUUCGGUUCAGCCUGGUCGGAGAGAAGCACGCCAAGAUCCAGUGCAGAGUGGUCUCUGACAAGAUCAGCUAUGAAAACUUCCACGACCCCUACGAGGGAAAAGUCAUCUUCUACCUCAAAGCAGUGAAAUAAGAAACAGAAAAUCCUCAGAUAUCCCAUAAUCAUGUAACAACUAACCUGUCAGUAUCAAAGAUCGAGCAGGUGUCUACAGAUCAAUAGUGACUAUUAUUUAACAAGCUUUAAACCAUUUGUAUUCAACUUAACCCAACAGUAUAGGCCCACUUUUAUAAAUGUGAGUUAUUGUGCUUUGCUGAGUGAUUCAUGAACUUCUUUGUCAUCUGAUUUUUAGGUUUAACCAUUACCAAAAAAUGUAAUCUAUAAAUCUAUUGUUAUCUAUCUAUCUAUAUAUAUCUAUGUGUUUGCUGUCCAUUGUUAUUUAACCCGGUGCACGCUUACAAACUUAACCUCUGUCUGCAUGUCUCCUCCUCUCCUCUCUUCAUACUCAAGAAAGUAAACAGAUCUGAGGGUGUCAGAGGGAAGCUACUAGAUUUCUGAGGUGGAUUUGGGAUUUAAAAAACCCCACUGCAGAACAUGUUCUUUCAACAUCGUGACAAAUGUAGCUAAUGCAUCUUCAAGUGCAAAAAGUCUUUCUAAAUAAAAACUCAUUUCCAAUUUUA